AUGCUGCUGCGAGGGAGGAAAGAGUCAGGCGGCGGCGGCGGCAGCGGCGGUAGCCGUAGUAAGCACCUGGGAAUGCCCGCCCUCGCGAUGGCGGCGCCGGCAGCGGCGCCGGCUGCGGGAGGUUACGCCGGGGGGUUGGGGUUCGAGGGGGGUAUCGGGUACGCCCCUUUCGUUGAUGUCUCCGAGAGCGUGGAGCCGGAGGCGAGGCUAGGGGGGGCGGAGGGUGCCCCUAGAACAGGGCUGCAGCUGGUGUUUCUGAGCUCUUGCCACUCGCAGAGCGUUGCCAAGUGCUUCAUCGAAGCGGGAGUGCGGCAUGUCAUCGCCGUGAAAAAGGAUUCAAAAGUUUUGGACCACAAGGCGGCGGAGUUUGCCAAGUCGUUCUACGCCUCUCUGCUACGCGGAGACACGGUUCGGCGGGCGUUUUUGCUGGGGAGCGCCUGCCUGGAAGGGUCCGACCAGCCUGAGGAAGGGCACAAGUUCCUCCUCCUCCCCCCGGAGGGUGAUCACGACAUUCCUGUGUUCGAGGAGGUCCCUGACGGGCAGUUCGUCGAUGCCACGCCGCUCAAGCCACCGUACCGCUGCGACGCCGUCACCCAGUACUUCUGGGGCCGAGCAGUGGACGUCCAGAAGGUGGUGAAGCACAUGGUAAGUGGGGUCCCAUGCGUGACAAUCACCGGCCAAAAGGGCAUCGGAAAGACCCAGGUGCUGCUGAAGGCGUGCGCGUACACACGGGAGCGGAACGUGUUCGGCGAGAUAUUUUUCUGCCGUUUGGACAGGGCGGUCGGCGGCAACGAUGCCUGCAACUGGCUCGAGCAAGGAUUCCAGCUCCCGGCCGGCUCGCUCGUGGCGCACAACAUGGACGGGGUCGUGGCCAAGAUCUCCCAGCACGUCAGGGACCAGCUGCAGGCGCUCAGGGAGCAGGGCUCCCACCCCUCCAGGCGCGCUCUCCUCGUUCUCGACGGGUGCAGCCAGCCCGUGGUUAUGGUCGGCGAGGAACGCUUCUUCCUGAGCCGCUUGCUCUCGCGGCUAGUAGACGUGCUGAGGACGGAGGGGGUGACCCUUACGACCGCAGUGACGAUGCGGGCUAAGGGCCCCAUGGCGCCCGGCCGCAUCGGAAUCCACGGAGAGAAGACGGUCGUGGUGGAGCCGCUGGACGCUAGGAGCACGGCAGAGUUGUUCGUGAUGUGCUGCUCGCGCAACCUCUCGGUCUGUGAGAUGGGCCCCAGCAAGCCCGAGCCCUUUACGGGGACGGAAGGGAAGGCAGACUCGUACGAAAGCUUCGCCAAGAGCGACAUCGUGCUCGCGCUGCGGGGACACCCGGGGUGCGUGCAGGACCUGUGCCGCUGCCCCCGCGUGCACGAGGAGAAGGGGCUCAUCGUGCACAGAGAGAAGCUCCUCAGAGAGGACAUACCAAAGGGGAGGAGCCUAGCGGUAUUUUACGGGUCGUCGUCGGGAGGCGGUGCGGAAGGCGGGGGGGCGGGGGGGGGCGGGGUGCGGUGGGGCCGGCUCUGCGAGGCCAUCGGCAGGUACUUCGAGAGACGAGUCCUCGGGGCUAGGAUCCGCCCCCUCGAAGCUAGCGACUUCGAUCUCUUCGCGUCGGACGAGGCCCUGUGGCGGCAGUCUGAUGGGCCCCCUCCCGCGGAGACGGCGCUGCAGCACGGCGGGGACGUGGCCGGGGUGCCGAUCUCCCGCAAGAAGCUGGAGCCCUUCUGGCGGUGGUUCUGGCAGGCGGUCACCACGCUGAGGCGGACACCGGCGUGGUCGACGGGCCUCCACGGCCCCGCGCUGGGCUUCGCCGGGUUCAUGAAGAAGGACACGGCGCUGACCCUGCUCUCGAGCGCGGAACCCGGAACGUUCCUGGUACGGUUCUCCACCAGCAAGCCGGGGGCCCUCGCCGUGCACUACGUCCGAAAACGCAGAGGAACGGUGGUUAGCGGGAUCGUGAACGUGAGCAGCGCCGGGGCUCUGUCGGUCGAGAAGCGAGCCGGGGAGCGGACGUUCCACGACCUGGACGACCUAGUCCUGUCCACGGAGCAGCUCAAGUUCUUGCACCCCGGGGUGCGGAAGCAGGAGGUGUUUGCAAGGCCGAGGCGGAGAGAAAGCUGGUCGGCCGACAUCCGCGCGGAAGUGGAGGGGAUCUCGCGGCGACAGUCAAUGCCUCCGAUGUGA